AUGCUAGGCACCGAUUGUUGUUUUUGUCAAUGGGGCGCAAAUGCGCGAACAUUUAUUAGUACUGAUCCUCUCGCUAAUUGGACCUAUCUCAGUGAGUUAAAUUAUUGUGCUGAUGGAAAAGCUCCACCACAACAUAUCGACGGUAUGAAUAUCAAUCCAUGCUCAAUUAAUGAUCCGUAUGGGACAAAUUUUACAAUCCCUGCACAACAAUUCAAUGUAGCCACUUUACCAAUAUCAUCAGAAGAAACUUUAUAUAUGUACUAUGGCGAAAGAUUUCGCUCGAGUAAAGAUGGAAUCAAAGGUCAUGAUUUUCAAGCUUGGAUACCAAUAGAGUUUAUGCAGAAUAAUACUCCGAAACCUAUGAAGUUUUAUGAUAAUUUCACUAUUAACAUUCAAGAGAAAUAUAGUGCAAAAUUAAUUUAA